AUGCAGCGCUCCGUGGAGGAGCGCAGUGCCAGGCUGGCCGCCGCCGAGGAGCGGUGCUACGCUCUGGAGCACGAAGUGGAUGGGCUGAUGCAGCGCCUGCAGGCGGCGGAGGCGAAGCUGCAGCGCCAGGCAGAGGCAGAGGCGGCCAGCAGUAGCGAGGUGCUGCAGCAGCGGGUGGCGGACCUGGAGGGUCAGAUAAGGACCGCGCACGUGGCGCAGCAGCAGGCAGAGCAGGCGCGCACGCGAGCCGACGAAGAGCUUGUGGCGUUGCGGGCGGAGGUGGCCACGGUGCGGCGCCAGCUGGCGGACGCGCACAGCGUGGACAGCGGCGACCUGCAGCGCCGCCUCAAGGAUGUCACUGACAUGCUGUACCUCAAGCAGACCCAGCUGGAGCGGCUGGCGGCGGACAAGGCGGCCCAGCAGCUGGCCUUGGAGCGAGACCUCCAGCACGCCCGCAGCGAGGCGCAGCAGGUGAAGCGGCGUGCCACCAUCGACCGCAGCAUGCACGGCGUGGCCGCCGCCGACGAGUCCAUGGUACCGAUGGCCCACCUGGGGGACGCUUACCAGCGGCUGGCCAACAACAACCGCGUGGGCGGCGCCGUCAAGGCGGGCGCACAGCUCAUCGACUCCACAGCCAACCAGGUGGUGCUGGUCCUGCGGCAGUACCCGGCGGGACGCCUGGUCAUCUUCGCCUACAUCCUGGGCCUGCACCUCUUCAUCUACAUACUGCUGCACAGGCUACAGCACAAGGCCUUCCGCGCUGAGAUGGCGGCGGACGCGCUGCAGAGGGACGCCCGCAUCUGAUCCGCAUCUGACCAGGCGGCCCCCCUCACUGCCUGCCUGCCUGCCUUCCGGCGGCGGUGGAGCCGGGUGGCGUGCGCCGCUGGCCCGUCACGUGGGCCCGCAGCCCUGACCCGGCAGCCGGAGCGGCCUGCCCGUUUUGCCAGCCAUGCAUGUUUCAUUGGCACGCACCACCCUGCUGCCGUUUGCCUUGCGCUGCCUCUUCUGGAACCCAGUGAAUGC